GCAACAUGAAACCUGUGUAUCUAUUACUCCUCUGCUCUAAUGUGGUAUGUCCAGUGAAACACUCAUUGGUUAGUUUUGACACUGGUUCCUCUGGAAACCCAAACAUCUCUGAGUUUGUGGGUUUCCCAGUAAUUGAUGGCAUUCAGAUGGCUUACUACUGUGACAGCAGCAACAAGAUACUGGAAGCAAGACAGGACUGGGCGAAGAAAAUAUUAGAUACCAACCCUCAGAUGUUGGAGUCGCUCACUGAUUAUUGUUUUGUGGAUCGGCCAAAUCUAUUCAGAUUAUGGAUUUCUAGUUUGAAGCAGCAGUUAAACCAAAGCAGAGCUGUCCAUAUUUUACAGAUGAUAGAAGGCUGUGAAUGGGAUGAAAACACCGGAGAGGUUACGGGGCUUUUACAGUACGGAUAUGAUGGAGAAGACUUUCUUAAAUUGGAUCUGAAGACGCUGACGUGGAUCGCACUGAAACCAGAGGCUGACAUUGUCAAACAGAGUUGGGAUGCUGACACAACCAGAAUGAAAGACCGUGAAAAAAUCCUCACUAAGAUUUGUCCAGAGUGGCUGAAGAUGUACGUGGAGAGUGGCAACAGCUCUCUGCAGAGAACAGUUCUUCCCUCAGUGUCUCUCCUCCAGAAGACUCCCUCCUCUCCAGUCAGCUGCCACGCUACAGGUUUCUAUCCUAACAGACCCUUGAUGUUCUGGAGGAAAGAUGGAGAGGAGCUCCAUGAAGGUGUGGAUCCUGGAGAGAUCCUCCCAAACAAUGAUGAGACCUUUCAGAUGAGUGUUGAUCUGAAUAUUUCAUCAGUCACACCUGAAGACUGGGGGAGGUACGACUGUGUGUUUCAUCUCUCUGGUGGUGAGGACAUCCUUGUCACCAAACUCAAUAAAACUGUGAUCAGAACAAACUGGGGCAAAAAAAUAUUUAACACUGAUGAAGGUGAGAGAAACAUUUUUUUUGCCCAGGCGUCCUCUGACAUGCUGUUCAACACCAUCGCUGCAGUCGUUGUUUUUGUUGUUCUCAAUCUCAUUGCUGCUGCUGGAUUUGCUGUUUGGAAAAAGAGGAAAGACAGACGGCCAACAUCUUCUCCUGACAAAGGAUCUGAGCUGUCAGAGCGACUAAAUCAACAAGGCUGACUGUCGUGUCUCCCUUCCCACCACAUCUCAAAAGGUUCUCUAUUAGACUGAGAGCCGGUGACUGCAGAGGGCAUUACAGACUCAGUAACUCGUGAACUCACUUUGUGACAUGUCGUGUUAUCCUGCUGGAAGGACAACAUGUUGACACGCUGGUCAUAAAGGAGUGGACAUGGUGGGCAACAUAUAUAUCCUCCAUUGCCAACACCAUUAACCAGCAGCAGAACAUCAGUCUUAUUUGCGAUAUGCAUUUCUGGACUCUUUAUGUUUGGUAAACUACCCCCUGAAGGUGGGGGUCUGUGAUUGGUUAAACUUGUUUCUCUUCUGUUUGUUUUCAGCCUAGCAUCCACAGUUUUCAAGAUCUCAUGUUCAAAUUUUGUGUGACAUGUCAUUAUGGUUGACAGCAAUGACAGCUUAAGCUGAUGUAAUUUUGUAAAAACUGUGUCUAGGUCAAGGCCACGCCCUUCAGCAGGAGUUGUGCUCUCUGAGUGCUUCUGCACUUCAGGUGCCCUGGCUAACAUUUCUUUCCAAAAAACACUGAACAAACAGGAGGACUCGGAGAGCGCAGCGCCCCACGGAUGGCAAAAC